GCGGACACACGCCGUGAACUUUUGGUGAAUAAAUAGCUUCCGUGGUUCAGUCACUAGUGGGUUAGGGUUCAGGGUUUGGUGACUUUAGCCCGUUAGCAUGGUGAAGGCUGGAUCCUGUCGGCUUCCCCCGGUGUAACAGGUUAAUACGCCGGUCCUGUUGGUCCGGUCCGGUUCGGUCCGGUCCUGUUUGUCCGGUCCCGUUCGGUCCGGCUUUGUUCGCCCCGGUUCUGUUUGACCGGUCUUCGGCUGAAACAACAUGAGUCUGAACGAACAUUCACUGCAGGCUCUGUCCUGGAGGAAGCUGUACCUGAGCCGGGCUAAACUCAAGGCUUCCAGUCGGACAUCAGCCCUUCUGUCUGGAUUUGCGAUGGUGGCCAUGGUGGAGGUGCAGCUGGACAACAGUUACCCCUACCCCCCUGCCCUCCUCAUCGCCUUCAGCGCCUGUACUACGGUGCUGGUGGCCGUGCACCUGUUCGCUCUGAUGGUCUCCACCUGUAUUUUACCAAACAUUGAGGCCGUCAGCAACGUCCACAACCUCAACUCCGUCCAAGAGUCUCCCCAUGAGCGGAUGCACAGACACAUCGAACUGGCCUGGGCCUUUUCUACUGUUAUAGGGACACUGCUCUUCCUGGCCGAAGUGGUUCUGCUCUGCUGGGUUAAAUUUCUGCCCGUUAAGCCCAACAAGUCCAGUAAUACCACGGUUUCAUCUGGUGUGGCUGCUGCUAUCACAUCCACAUCCAUCAUGGUCCCCUUCGGUCUAGUGUUCAUCGUGUUUGCUGUGCAUUUCUACCGCUCCUUGGUCAGCCAUAAGACGGACCGGCAGUUCCAGGAGCUGGAGGAGCUGUCCAACCUCACCAGGCUGCAGAACGAGCUGGACAACAGAGGGGACGUCUCCAUGUUACACUCUCCAACGUCACAUUUCCCUUAGUCCCAGAGGAUGGACUCUUAUCUGGUGGACUUGACUGGAUUUAUCCAAAACGUACGCCAAAUCCAAUGUUUUUGUUUUGUGUUGUUUUUUUUACAGUAUAUCGAUUUCAAUUAAGAUUUCUCACCUAUUUGCUGUGAAACUGACUUUUUUUUUUUUUAUCAGUUGUGAACUCACCAAUCUGCCAUAGUGCACGUUGAAAUGGUAAAGUCUUAACUGUGAUACAGGUGCUUGGUUUAUGUCUUUCAUUAUUGCAAAGAAAUCUUAACUUAUUUUAACUCCGAUUACUGUCUGCUGCAUCUGUUUAACUGUCAGUGAACAACAGAUUUGUUUAGACACUGUUUUGUGUUUUGUGAAUCAUACGUAUAUAAUUUUUUGUUCUUUAAUCACAUCUGUAGGAGUUACUGUAAUGCUUAGUGUUUGCACUUGUAAUGCUGGCGAUGACAUAAAAUGACAGUAUUAUUAUUAUUGUUGUUAUUAUUAUUAUUGCUGACAUCUGUAAGAAAGGCUGUGGCAUAAAAUAAAUGCUUCUUUUUUUAAUUCUAAA